UUUAUUUACGCCGAGAAUAAGAAUUGGAUGUUCCUAGUAAUGUCUAGCUAAUUUCAUGUUAUAUAUUAAGUCCCUAAAACAAUUAUUCGAGAAAAAUCAUAUUGAAUGUGUCCGGCUACAAGAAGGAAUAAAUUCACAUACCAAUGUCGUGCCUACUGAAUUGCUACAAAUAAGGAAUUCCGGUAUUCAACACAUAGACCGCCUGGAUGUAGGGAUGGUUUUCUUUAUCGAGAUGAAGAAUGAAGGGAAGUCACCGGUAGCAUUGAGCGUUCGUAUGAUCAAAUGUUGCGAGAAGAUAUGUGAGGAUGACAUUGAUUGCGAGCAUAUGCAACUGAUCGGUGGUGACAUGGGUAUUUUGACGCAACACGGUGUACGAAAUCUCACCCUAAUCUGGCCUACCCUAUAUCUACAUGAUCGCGUCGGCGAGUGUAAUAUCAGGAUUUCUUAUACGUGGAAGAAUAAUCAAACCGGGGAAAUUCGUCAGAAUGUUCAAUUCGACACAACCGUGUCUCGUCGAUAUGUUCCGGCGAUACUAGAAGGCUACUACGAUCCUCUGGGGGUGGAGUCGUGCUCCACGGUUGAUCUGGAUUCAUUGGAUUCGUGUCGUUCUGUUAACUGCCAUAUCAAGUACAGUGGGAAACGAAACUUUUUCAAUCGAAAAUUGCUGAGAUGUCAAGUAGUACCAAUUUGCAUUGCCGAUUCGAGCAAAGAACUACCCGACGUGGGUUACGUACCGGCGAGUAAUACCUGCCGAGACUUGGAAAACGCGAUAAACGAGAUGGAAGUACGAGCAUUGAGUCGAGGAAAUGCUGAGCCUGCUUGGAGAUCAGAAAUCGUACCACACAUAGCGAAUAUGUAUUGUCAUCAUGGUUAUUCGGAUAAUACCACCGGUUUUUGCAUAUGCGAUGAAGGUUGGACUUCUCAUUCUUUGGGAAAUAUUGAACCCACCACAGAAUAUAUUCAUAUGUGCAACGUACAGAUGUUAUAUUUUCCUCGAUUGCAUAACCGAAGUCUGAAAUUAUCCCUCGUUAUUAUCGCAGUCCUUUUAGGUGUUUUGGCGGUGAUGUGUACUUGCGCUAUGGUUUACGUCAUGAAGGAAUUUAUACCACCUGGUGAAAAAACGGAAUGUGCUCAACAAACAGGACAUUUAUCCUGUUUUGAUAGUUCGAGCAGAAGUUUCACAUCUUAUUGCUCCAAUAAAACAAAGAAUGGCAGUUCUCGAAUAUGUUGUCCGGGUAAGCGCGGAGAAUACUAAUGAUUUGGAAAAACCAUAAAAAACAGUACAAGACCUUUCAAUAAAAUUGGUAUAUCUAUACUAAUUUUCUUAUUAAAUAUUAAAGUCAUUAAUUAUACAAAAAAACGAUUCUAAGUUAUAAUUUAAUUUCAUAAUUUCUAUAAUUAUAGUAAAAUUAAAUCCUAUUACAUCCAUUUCUAUGUAAAAUUAUGAAAUCAGAAAAAUAGCCUUUAAUAUAAUAUCAAAAAAAAAAUAAAAAAUAUAGACAACACAAUUGCCGAAACCCGGGAUUGAACCGGGGACAUUUAGAUCUUCAGUCUAACGCUCUCCCAACUGAGCUAUUUCGGCUUGUAAGAACUUGUGGUUUCUCUGAGGAAUAUAAUUCGUUAUACCCCACUCUAAAUAUUUAAGUUUGCACGAAACAACUUGAUGUCGAGAAUUCGCACGAUCAUCGAUUAAAUAUCGUCUUGUUGCAAAAUUAUAAAAAAGUGUCAACGUCCGUUCGAAAAAAUUGGCGGAAUGGCUGGGCGACGCAUUGAAAAAAAGGGCCAAUUGUUCUGCCCCGUUUAAAUCUACUUCCGGUUGGCCAAUGGUUACCUGGAAGCUUUCGCAUCCAACCGACUGAACUGCAAUUAAAGUAAUUGGAGCCAUUGUGCUGUCCAGAGCGAAAGCUAGCGAACGGCCAGUGUCAGCCGCUUCGAAACAGAAAUGUGUACCUAUAAUAGUCCUAACCAUUCCGAAUCGAAUUUAACUGUAAGUGAGACACGUCGGGUCCACAAUAGAUUUCACCUUUAAAUACUAAUGCUGAAAUACGGGCGAAGUCAUAGCUUCCCGGACGUCAUUGUCACCCCGAAACAUUUUACAUCAUUUUCGAUACAGAUGACUAUCCAGAGCGAAUUGUGUUUUACCAAACGAUUUCGUGAAGGAUCAAUAUGUUAAAGAUAUUUUUUUCACUUUCUUCGACUAGACAUACAACAGCACGUUACCAAAAUGGCUAUACACGUCUCCAUAAUUCGUCAAAAUUCUUUAAUAAACUGUCGUCAACGCAAACUGCGUACGAUUAAAACAUAAAAUAUAUUAUAAAUACAAUCGAGCACGAUCUGUAAUAAAUUUAAUUGACUUCACUGAUUGAGGGGUUGCUUUAACGAAGAGCAAUUACUUAUGAUAAUAUAUGAGACUAUGAACGAUUAAAAUGGCCAUGCAGCUGUAUAGUUAUUACUGCAAUUAACACGAGAUCUAAUUACUUUGCUGAAUUUGGAUCUUAUUGAUUACAGGUGAAACUGGAUAUUAUUUUAUUGUAAAAUUAUUGUACCAUAUGCACUAUUUUGAUUAAUACUUUAUUUUACGUUUAUUGUUCAUUCUUUAUGAAAAAAAAAAGUAUCCUUCGAGCCGGAUUUGAACCAGCGACCUAUGGAUGUCUCGUUUCAUACUACUUUCCAACUACAGUCCACCGCUCUACCAACUGAGCUAUCGAAGGCUUAUAAAAAUUGAUUGCAAUAUACACCCACAGACCCUAAUUACUUAUAACAACCCAAUUGCAAUGAAAUUACACUUAUUAACUACGUAAAUUUAUAAUAUUUACAUAAGAAAUAGUCAACAUGUGCAAUAUAGUUUGUAAAAAUGUACAAAACUUAUUGAUGCAUCAUAGAUAUCCUUUUAAUCAUUAAAUCUACUAUAUACGCAUAACGUGGCUAACAGUUUGACUGAUUUAAUAUAACAGCACACAGUUCACAAUAAAUAAGUCAUAAAUAAAAAAUAAUUGCAAUUUCAAAAUUAAUAUAUCUCCUUACUUUACAAAUAAAGAUCCAUACUUAUAGAAAAGCGUUAACAAUCAACAUUACUUGAAAGCUUUUAAUUUCCGGUACGAUCAAUGAUUGUAUUCUAUAAAUACACAAAGUGAAUAUUAUUGUUUUUUGAUUGCUUGCAGCAAAUACUUUUGUGAUACAUUGCACAUUAAUGAUGGCCAUUAUAACCGACUGCCACCAAUGACUCUUCUUAUGUCUUACUAAAGCAAAUUUGCUUAAACUGUAUCAAACACAUAUAUCCACAUACGCAAAGCGUGUAUUUGCUUCGCAAUAAAAGACUAAUGAAGCCAUGUUAUUAUCGGUCAUCAAUUUGAAGUGCAAUCGUAAAACCGGAAGUUGCCAACGAUUAUCAUAGCCGCUUCUGAUUAUUAUUAAAAGCUUAUAAAGUCAGUAAGAGAAGCGUAGCGGCUCCUGCAGGUUCGCAGAUAUUUUUACUGCGUAAUAAUCAGAUUUGAGAUUACGAUAAUUAGCGCAUAAUAUGUAAGAUACACACAGUUUUAUUACUUGCCCUCAUAUAUUCAUGCAGUGCCCGUUUAUAGGUCCGCAUAACACGGUUUACGAUAUACCCUAUGCACGUACAUAUGUUAAACUGACAAGUGCACAUGCAAGCACUGGGCACACGUAUUAACAUUAUUAUUUUCAUAAUUCUCCGCCAGUUUAAAUAAUCCAAAACUCUCUCUUGUCACUAUUAAACUCUAAUGAGGCUCAUGGUAAAACAUGCAGAUUUUUACCACCGUGCACAGUGCAGAUAUUGGCGACCUUUUUCUUUAAAAAUUUUUUUUUAAUUCUCUUUUUGAGAGUUAAGCCGGCAUUUUUAUUUGUCGGUAUCCGGCACCGAGGCAGGUGCUCUAUUUACAUGUCCCAGGACCACGCAGCAUCACUAUAACGAAUCUGAAUUGAAAAAAUAAUUCGCGUCUCAUCGAUCCAACAGAACUCUGAUCUAUGAGAUCUACUCGAUGCUUUUUAUUACUGUUAAUAAGUGCACCAAAUUUUAUUAGUAUUAUAUACUAUAUAUAUGUAUAUAGUAUAUAUUUUCAGACUAUAUAUUAGAUAUAUACGCACCCAAUGCGAUUAUUAACUCAAUCGCGCACACGAGCCCAGUCCGUAACUAGUUAGGGCAAACUUUAGUAAACAGUUUGAAACAGGGGCGUCAAGAGCCUUCCUAUGUAGGCUAAGUUUAAGUUUGCUGGCUGACAGUUUGAUCGGUCGUUAAUUAUAUCCCACUCGAGUGCGUAAAUUGAGGAUCGCACGUAAGUAGAAUGCAAUCAAGCCUAUGCAUGUGUUUCAGAACGAAUUGACCCAUUUCGUUCACGAGGAAUUUUAUGUGAUUUUCUGGAAUACACGUAUCAGGAUAUUAAUCCGAUAUAUAGAUAACUCUAGAAUUUUAUGUUUUCAGUAAAACCUAUAUUUCGGUGCUAUACGUAAUAUUUCAUAUAUUUAUCCACACGUCUGAUGCAUGCAACAAUUUUAGUGCAGUAGGGGCAACAAUGCAACUGCGCUUGGAAAACGACGCAAUGCAGAUAAGCGCCAAACGUACACAGGAUGCGUUCACAACGGCGAACCAUGUAGCUACGUCCAUAUCACACUUGGCGUAUCUUAUAUGGAACGUUUAUGUCGUCUGGAAUGCAUUCGUUGUGGGCGUGCAGCUAGUUAUUAAAAUUGCGAUACAAUCUUCCUGACCUAGCCGCUGCUGAGACUGGCCAAUUUUUUUUUAUACGAGACUUUGAUACGCGAAGAUUUUGAGGAAUUAGCCGGAAACGGGACAAUCAUGCCGCAGCCAUACGGCGGGAAUGCGAUCCCGAAAAAGCAGCAACCCCGGAAAGGAUAAUUCGUCGGAAGAUGAAGAAGAAGAAGAAGAAGAAGAGGACGAAAGCGCAUCAAGGAGGAAGAGAAGAAGAAACCGAGGUGGAUGAAGAAGAGAACAGAAAAGGAGGUCACGAUGUUGGAAGAAGGAAACGAAGCAGAAAAGGAACAAGAAGAGGAAUCAGAUAGAGAUAACGAUAAAGGAAGAAGGAUGGUGCAGAGGUGUCUUUGAUCAUCGUUCAGAUGCCUGGUAGACCCGUGCAUAGGAAGGAAAAUAAUAAAGCAUAUUCGACAGAAUAACGAUAUUUCAUUUCCACAAUGCUGUGCACGAAAUAUUUGUGGUAAAUCGACAGACACUACCACCAAAUCUUCAAAGAGAUGGUGAUCGGAUCAAUCGGCUGCUAACGAAUCUUUAUGCAUAAUUGUAUCAUCCACACUAUAACAAAAUUAUAACUCCCAUGUUAAAUAUAAAUUUAGCCAUAAAAUAUGGUUAAUAUAAUACCAGACAUUGGCAAAACUUACUUUUAUUAUUUACUUGUUUAUUGCUUAAAAUAGCAAAUAAAGAAAUUAAUCAUUUGGGAA